GGGGUCUCUGGAGGAGAGGAUACCGUUGAUUGUUGAUACCGUUGCCAUGGGGACUGGACCGGAAGCCAGCGUGACGUACUCAGAGAGCGCCGGAAGCUGUAGGGAGAAGCGUGCGGCUCGGCCCCGGCGCCCUGUGCGCGUGUGUGUGUGUGAGAGAGAGAGAGAGAGAGAAGAGCCGUCUCCAGCCCCGCGAGCCCUUCAACUCCAGCCCCAGGCCUCUAGAGCCGGGCCAGGCCAGAGCGGCCAGCAUGGCGAGCAGCGCCAUGCAGUUCAAAAGCAACUACGCUGUCUCUGGCAAGAUUGAACCUUUUUACAAAGGAGGCAAAGUACAGAUCAAUAAAGAUGGAAAGUACAUGUUCUGCAGUUUUGGGACAAAGAUUAAUGUCUUGGAUCUUGGAACAGGAAAAAUCACCCAGAGCAUUGAGCAGGAAGAUCAAGAAGACAUCACCUGCUUCAGCAUCAGCCCCGAUGAUGAGAUGUUGGUGACGGGCAGUCGGGCUUUGCUGCUGAAGCAAUGGAACUGGAGAGAGAACGUGUGCACUCGCACCUGGAAAGCCAUUCACUCGGCCCCCAUGGCCAGCAUGACGUUCGAUUCCACCUCAACUCUAUUGGCCACAGGAGGUUGUGACAGCACCAUCAAAAUCUGGGAUGUUAUCAAGCAGUACUGCACCCACAACCUGAAGGGAUCCUCUGGUGUUGUCAAUCUGGUUGAAUUCCACCCCGACAUGUCACGGCUUCAGCUUUUCUCCUCGUCCAUGGACUGUAAGAUUCGACUCUGGAAUCUGAGCACCAGUAAGUGUAUUACGGUGCUGGAUGCUCACUACAGUGCUGUGACCUCACUGGCAUUCACAUCAGACGGAAAUACAAUGAUCAGCUCGGGCCGUGAUAAGAUCUGCACCGUGUGGGAUUUAACUACCUACAAGUCACAGAAGACUGUUCCUGUAUAUGAGACUGUAGAAGCAGUAGUUUUGCUGCCAGCAGAUGGAGAUUUCUCUGCCUUGGGGGUGAAGGGUAAAGAUCAUCAUUUUAUCACUGCCGGCAAUAAAGGGAUCCUUCGAGUCUGGGAAGCUCGCUCGGGAAGAUGUGUUUAUUCCCAGUCCAGAGCCGGGAGACCCAAGAAGAAAAGUGACGAAGAUACAGACACUCGAGCCUUGACCCAAUGUGUGCUGGUCCCAGCCACAAACCACGUCGCCACAGUCACCGCCGAACACAACAUCCUCUUCCAUGACCUCCACACUCUGACCCUCCACCAGCAGUUUGUAGGUUACAAUGAUGAGGUGUUGGAUGUGAAGUUCCUGGGAGCUGCUGACACACACAUUGUGGUGGCCACUAACAGCCCACAGCUCAAGGUGUUUGAGCUUGCCACGUUAAACUGCCAGAUCCUUUACGGGCACACAGACACUGUAUUAGCCCUGGAUGUGUUUCAUAAAGGCACCAUGUUUGCUAGUUGUUCUAAGGACAAAACCAUUCGAGUCUGGAGGAUGAGUAAGGGGACUGGAGCAGUGAUCUGCAUGGCACAGGGUCAAGGUCAUGCCAAUGGGGUUGGCAUCAUAUCCUGUUCACGGUUGAAAGCCAGGUUUGUGGUCAGUGGGAGCCAGGACUGUACCAUUAAGCUGUGGAACCUCCCAGACACCGUCAGUGCCAAGGGGGGCGAGCAAAUCGCAGAACCCCAGGUCCUCCACGCUCACCUGACUGAGAAGGCACACGAUAAAGAUGUAAACAGUAUCGUGGUGUCUCCCAACAAUAAACUGAUCGCCACCGGCUCUCAGGACAGAAUGGCCAAGCUGUUCUCAGCCUCUGACCUUGCCCUCUUGGGUGUGUUUCGGGGGCACAAGCGCGGAAUCUGGGCCGUCCAGUUCUCCCCCAUGGACCAGGUCCUCGCCACCUCCUCCGCAGACGGCACCAUCAGACUCUGGGGGCUCAAAGACUUCGGGUGCUUAAAGACCUUCGAAGGCCACGAUGCCUCCGUCUUGAAAAUAAUUUUCGUCAGCCACGGAACUCAGCUCCUGUCAAGCGGGUCUGAUGGUCUCCUGAAGCUGUGGACCAUCAAAACCAAUGAGUGUGUGAAGACAUUAGACGCCCAUGAAGGCAAGGUGUGGGGCCUCCACAGUAACAAGGGGGACGAUCUGGUGGUCACUGGCUCGGCAGAUUCGUCUAUCAUCUUCUGGAAGGACGUGACAGAGACGGAGCUCGCUGAGGCACAGGCCAUACAGGAAGAGCAGAUUCUGAAGCAACAAGAAUUGUCAAACAUGUUGCACGAGAAUAAUUAUCUAAAGGCUUUGGGAUUGGCAAUCUCAUUAGAUCAGCCGCACACUGUUCUUCGGGUGAUUAGAGCUAUUCUUGGAGAAUCUAAUGACGGAGAGAGGCUGGAAGCAACGAUCCUCAAACUGAGACCAGACCAGAAAGAGGCUGUAUUGAAGUUCACCACAGUGUGGAACACAAACUCUCGAAACUGUCACGAGGCCCAGACUGUCAUCCAGAUCCUGUUAAAGCACGAGACUCCGGAGCAGCUACUUCAGUUCGGAGGCAUCAAGGCUGCAGUUGAGGGCCUCCUCCCUUAUACAGAUCGACACUUUCAAAGGAUCAGCAGGUUGCUGCAGACCUCCAUGUUUCUGGACUAUAUGUGGGAGAACAUGAGACUGGCCGGCAAAUUCAGUGGUCCUGAUCCACAAGAUGAGGCAAUGGAGGUUGAAGUGUCGGGCAAAUCGCUUGCAGCGUCUGACAGAGCGCGAGACGAAGCCCCCCACACUGUGCUGCCCCGCGAUGACCUGCUGGGAAACCAGGAGGCAGAUUCUGCCACUGAUCCCCAGGAGAGCGAGGACAGCGACCGGGAUGUGAGCGCGGCCAACAAAGGAAAGCAGGAGGGGCGGCUUGCGUCGGGGUCGCGCCGAGCCCAGAGAGGACACUUCAAAGAAAAUCUGGAGCCUCCCACGAGGAAUGACAAGGAAUCGGAGGAAGAGGGAAUAUUAGGGGGGUCAACUGGAAACGUUGUCGCCGCAAGCAAAGUAAUAACGAGGAGAGUCAGCGCCAGGCUGAAAAACCAAAAGCUGAGGAGCUGAGUAUCAGUCAGCCUUGGCUCACUUCUUGUGAAGUGUAAUUAUCCCAUUGUUCGUUUGCAGUUGAAAUAAAUUCCUUCAGGUUUCGCUGCUCCGCUCCUUAAGGUCAUCUGAGGUCAGUCAUCCUUUGGGAACCCCCUGAUGUCCCUCGUUCCGGACCACAGACAGUGGAGGUGUAAGGAAUUGGAGGAUUUUUAAAAUUUCUUAUUUUUUGUAAAGUGCCUACAAAACCGUUUUCCCCGUUGUUGUCAAAUUGCAAUAUUUUUCUUCUGUAUUCUCUGCCACAUAAAAUACCGUUACUUCA